AAAGCUACACCGUAUUUAAUAAAACUCGAGACUAUAAUUAAGUUGACAAAAUGUUAGCUUUAUUUGCUGUCAGCCGGUCUUUCAGGGGUGUUCUCAAAGGAGAAGAAUAUUGGAGAAUGGCCUAAAAAAUGUCAACCUUUAUCCUCAUCAUAUUAAUUAUUUCGCCCAGAUAUUGAUCCUUCGAUCACCAACUAACCCGGCCACUUUAUUAAUUAUACCCCGUUCUGGAGAACUCCAUAGCUUAAAUCUUUAAAUACAAAAGCAAAUUAAAGCCCGGCCUCCUCAUAUAUAUUGCAUGCGUACAACUACACACUAUAUUACAGUACUUUUUUCUAUAUAUCAUGUCCACUUCCUCAAGAAGUUUGCUUAAGGUGAUUGUGCUGGGAGAUUGCGGAGUGGGAAAGACUUCUCUGGUGAAUCAAUAUGUAUACAAGAAAUUCAGAGAGCAGUACAAGGCAACAAUAGGGGCGGAUUUUGUGACCAAAGAAGUUGAGAUUGAUGAGAAAGUUGUCACCUUGCAAGUAAGUCGUUAUAUAUUAUUAGCUAGUGAAAAAAUUAAGGAUGCGUUUUGUUCAAUUGAAGCAUGUGCGGGUUGGAAGUUGUUGCAGAUUUGGGAUACAGCAGGGCAGGAAAGAUUUCACAGCCUAGGAGUCGCGUUUUACAGAGGAGCAGAUUGCUGCGUUCUUGUCUAUGAUGUCAAUGCACCUAAAUCGUUCCAGACUCUUCAACACUGGCAUGAAGAGUUCAUCAAACAGGCAGGGUUGACUGAACCUGAGAAAUUCCCUUUCAUAUUAAUGGGAAACAAAGCAGAUUUAGAAAGCAAAGAAAGGAAUGAUGAAACAAUAUCUGAGAAGAGAGCAAGGGAAUGGUGCACUUCCAAGGGAAACAUACCUUACUUCAUUACCUCCGCCAAGGAGGAUUACAACGUGGGUGCUGCAUUUCUUUGUGCUGCAAAACUCGCACUCGCCAAUGAAGAUGAAAACAGCUUUUGGCAGGUACUAGAAGAGGAAAUGCCAUCGCAUAUACAUCUUCAAAGAAUACCAGAAUCUGUAUCAGGAAUCGAGCAACAGAAAGGAGGAUGUGCAUGUUGAAUCCCUAAAUACAUUGCGUAGCGACGUUACGUAUUGUGUCAUUUAUUUAGAAAUUAAGUUGUACACUUGCAUUGCACAUUACUUUUUAUACGCAAAUCCAAUUGAAUCCCUCAUGCUUUGAACAUAUCUUCUAGUUACGUUU